AUGGCAUCCAUCAAGAAUGUCACCAUCGUCGGAGGAGCUGGCGGUCUCGGCAGCGCCCUCCUCAAAUCACUCGUCGACUCCGGAAAGUUCAAUGUCACGGCCGUCACACGGCCAACAUCGACAUCCACAUUCCCAUCUUCCGUCAAGGUCAUCAAAGCUGAUUACAACUCCAUCGACGAGCUCACCUCUGCAUUGAAGGGCCAAGACGCUCUCGUCCUUGCAUUGGGUAACGAAGGCCUCCCUGGACAAAACAAGUUCAUCGAUGCGGCCAUCGCAUCAGGCGUGAAGCGCAUCAUCCCUUCUGAGUUUGGAUGCGAUCUCGACAAGGCCGGAUCGUUGCCAGUCUUUGGGUUUAAAAUUGCUACGCGGAAAUACCUUGAGGGGAAGAUUGCUGCUGGUGCUGAUAUCACCUACACCUACGUCAUCAACAAUGCUUUCCUCGAUUGGGGUCUUGAGAAGAAUUUCCUUGUGGACUGGAGUUCCGAAGAGCCGACCCUGUAUAACGGCGGCGACUUCGUCUUCAGUGCCACCACUCUCGCUUCGGUCGGCCAAGCCGUUGUCGGUGUCCUUACCCACCUCGAAGAGACCAAGAACCGCCCAGUCUUCGUCGAGGAUAUUGGCAUCUCCCAAAACCAACUGCUCGCGCUGGCCAGAAAAGUUGCACCAUCAAAGAAGUGGACCCCUACCACAGUGGACCUGGCCAAAAUCGAGGAGCAAUGUAACGAAGCAGUGUCGAAGGGUGAUUAUUCGGCCAAUGUGAUGAUUAGCUACUUGUGCGUGGCUCUCUACCAAAACAAGUACGGUGGCCGCCCGGAGAAAUUAGACAACGAGCUUCUUGGAGUUAAGGGCAAGACAGAGGCUGAUGUCGAGUCCAUCCUGAAGGGCGUUCUGGGAGGAAACUGA